GCUUGAACUAUGCAGCAACAGAACAUGUCUGCGAGAUUCAUACCUGAUCAAAUCUUAACAGAAAUUCUCAUAAGACUUCCCGUAGAAUCUCUUUUACGUUUCAGGUGUGUUCGAAAAUCAUGGAACUCUCUCAUCAAAACUCCUUAUUUCAUAAACCUUCACUCAAACUAUAACCACAAUAUUCCUGCAAGUAGUCCUAAAUUUCUCUUGUUCUGCUCGCUUGAUUCAUUAUCAUUAUCUUUACGUUACGAUGUUCGCCAAUGCAAUGAGUUUAAACAAAUUAAAUUUCAUCCUUGCCUGGAUUUUUGCGACUGGUAUGCUAUAUCAUCCGGUCUCAUAUGUUUGUCAGGGUCCCGAACCUCGAAUAUAUAUCUGUGGAAUCCUGUUGUUAAUAGGUACAAAACUCUUCCUGUGCACAACUUACCACCACUUAUUAGCUCGACGGAUGUUAAGUGGGCUAGUUUAUCUUUCGGAUUUGUGCAUUCGAUGAAUGACUAUCGGGUGGUCAGGAUUGUGAAUUAUUAUGCUACAAACAGAACUGAUCGAUCAUUUGUUGUCUGUGUUUAUAGUCUAAACACAAAUUCCUGGAAAACAAAAACUAUUCGAGAUGAUUUUUUAGUUGAGAUUCUUCAACCUCGGUCUAAUACUGUGAAUGGUGUUUCGUUUUGGCUGGUGAAUAAGGAGAAUGUGAAAACACUUCUAUCUUAUGAUACAAAUAAUGAUGUACUGCGAAAUACUGCAUUACCUGAUCAUCAAAUGGGCGCGGUUUUUUCUAUGCAUCAAUAUGGUCAAUCACUUGCUUAUUUUGCUGGAGUUAAUUCAAAUGUUAUUAACAUGUGGAUAUUGAAAGACUCGAAGAAUAAGUACUUUUGGGAGAAGAAAUUCAGUGUUAAUUUAGAUAAAGAUAUUGGUACUGGAGUUCUGGGUAUAAGAAACAAUGGGGAACUGAUAUUGUCAAGACUAACGGAUUUGGUAUCAUAUGAUGCUGAGCAGAAGAAGGUAAAUGAUUUUGUCGAGUCGUGGAAUUGUUGGCCCUGUAAUGCUAAGCAUAUGGUGCUGGCACCUGGCUUCCCGAGUUGCUGGUGCACGAAUGCUGUGAAUAAUGCCGGUUAUCUGGGAACACCGCCUUUUGUUGCAGAGCAGUUCGUGGGUAGUCUGGUAUUGUUGGAUGUGGAAUGGAAAAACUCCAGCAGACUCUGAUCUAAUGUGUUAGUGAUAGUACUUCAGGUUUAGCAAACUUUAGGUAAGCAUAUUCAGUAUAUUAUGUUCUGAAAGCACCACCACUCUGCUGGCUGCUACCUUUGAUGAUUUGAAUUAA